CGUUUUCUCCAGUCUGGCUAGGGUUAGCUUAGCUAGUGAAUAGGUUUGCAGCAUUCACAUACAGUAAGAAUUUAGCUAACAAUAAAGUGGCCUGUCAUGUCGCUGGAAAGCGAACCUAGUUAAUUUUAGCACCUAAGUUAUGAGUAAAUUCGCUGUCGUUACGGCCACCGGGGUACUGGAAAUAUGUUUUUUGCUCCCCUUUCUGAACAGGAGCAGAAGGAUUUGGCGAAGAGUCUGGUAUUACUCCUGUCCAAAUAUAAAUACAUAUCCGACUCAUACAUAAUUGAGUUUUUCAGUGAGAAUCUGUGGGAGACGCUGCCAGUUGGAUGGCAGAAAGCUUUGGGUGAUCUGUCGCCACCUCAGAUUGCACAGCUGCUACUGGACAGGGAUGCUAAAAAGAGAAUUUACCCCUCUGUGUGGCCUCUCUCGUUACUUGCACUCCGAGCCACUUCUCAUGCACUAGUGUUUCCACGAAUGCCCCCAGGCCAUCGGGCACCAGACCAUGUGGCCCCAGUGAAACCAGAGGAGUUCCUUUCAAACAGCAGUCAGAGUUCUCUACUUGGUCACAUCUUUCGCAAACAUGUAAAACCCAAGAAACAACAUGAGAUCCGUAAGCUUGGACUGAUGGUUAAGCAGCUGUGUGACCAGACUCACUGUAGCAGUGUGGUUGAUGUUGGAUCUGGUCAGGGCCACCUGACCCGCUUUUUGUCGUUUGGCCUUGGACUGGAUGUUACUGGCAUUGAGGCUGACACAAACCUUGUUUCCAUGGCUUCUAUAUUUGAUCAACAGCUCUUGUCAACACUAGCCAAGGAGAGACAGAAGUCAGGCACAUCUCGGCUCCCUCACGUAGCACCUGGUCCUGCACCUCGGCAUGUAGUUGGCUGGGUCAGCCCCAGAGCCACGUGGCAGGUCUUCCUUCAGCAGCUGGGGAGGAGGGAGAAAGACAGUGAGAGUUACCCAGCAGGACCAUGUCAAAAGAGACAGAGGGUGUUGGUUUCUGGGCAGGAAUGUGAACUUGAAAAAGAUAUUGAUCAUGGAAGCCAGCACUUCUGCACAGAGGAAUGCAGCUUUGUAGCUUGUGCUACAGAGCAACCAGCUGCAACUGUUCUUCAGCAGUGUGAUGCAGGAAACUCAUCUCAGUCAAACAUUGUGAUAACACAACCUCAGCUUCCUAAUGCAUUUGUUUUAAACCACCCAUAUAAGGUGGAUAAUGGGAACACUAUGAAAGAGUCACCAGUGGGUGAAAUACCUAGUGCUGGCACAAGACAGGAUUCUGCCAUACAUCCUAAUAGCUCCUUUGGUAUUAAAGAAGCCAGUAGCUCAAAUUUUGUCCUAACUGGGCUUCAUGCUUGUGGAGAUCUUAGUGCUACUCUUCUACGCCAUUUUGCUAAUUGCCCCUACAUUCAAGGAAUCACCUCUGUAGCAUGUUGCUAUAUGAAGAUCACUACCAUGGAAAAUCCCAUGCCUCCUGGAGUCAUGUCCCCUCCUCUGUUUGACCACCCAAAAGAGGAAUCACUGUCAGAAUAUGGCUACCCAAUGAGUGAAUGGGUGAGAGGGUUGCCUAGACAUCAGCUGUCCUAUAAGGCAAGAGAAGGGGCAUGCCAUGCACUUGAGGACUAUCUUCAUAGACUGAGAGAGGAGAGUGGCUUGCUGAAAACACACUGCUACAGAGCAGCACUGGAGAGCAUCAUCAGAGCAGAGAAGCCUCACCUACGCAGGGCCAGCAUCCAGACCAUAAAAAAAGCCCAUAUGCUGUCAUUUGCAGAGUAUGCCCGUCUGGGACUGCCCCGUGUGGGCCUGCCAGGUGACCUGCCCAUCGAUCCUGUUCAUGUAGGAACCAUGCUGAAGCAACAGGACAGAGUGAUAGUGUUCUUCAGCCUAGCUCUGCUGCUGGCACCAGUGGUAGAGACCCUGUUGCUGCUGGACAGAAUGUUGUUUUUGCAAGAAAGAGGUUUUCAGAGCCAGUUGGCACCUCUGUUUGAUCCAGCCCUGUCACCCCGAAACCUUGUGUUGGUGGCAGUGAAAAAGGCAGAUGAAGAGGCUUGUUAAUCCAAGAAUGGUCACCUGCAGUUUGUUGCCUCGGGAUUUUAAUCUGUUUAAACAAAAUUCUCCGACCUGCUUAUUGCAUCAUGAAAAUGAAAUUAAUUAAUCAGUUUGUGCAAAAAGAAACUCUCCUUAGUAGAGCAUUUUUCCUGGCUGUUGUGUACUGCCUAGGAAAAAUUACCAGUGAAGGAGAUACAUUCUUUAGACUGCACCUACAUUUAAUCUGUGUGAAAUGAUCGCGAACACUCUCUAUUUUAUGAGUGCACUGACAUGGCUCCUGUACUACUGCAAUUUAUCUGAAUUGCAUGUGGUGUGUAUAGCUAUUUUUCCCCCCUCUCUUUUUAAAUAUCAUCAUCAUGUGUUUCUCUGUGACCAUUGUCUUAAAUAUGCAUGAACAUACUUUCAGCCAUAACAUUUCAGAGUAGACACAUUUGGGCAGGAAAUAGUGAAUAAGAAAACUGAAAGACAUUCUUGGUUCAUAAUACUUUUGUGCUUUUUUUUUUUUUUUUUUUUUUUCUUUGCUACAUUUAAAACAAGUUCAAGGUGAGAAAUGUUCAAGGUGACAAAAGUGUAGUGUUUUAAUGGAAGAUGCAGUAAAAGUGAACUUAACA